AUGGGUGACAGAAAACGUACCAGACGUAUUUUUGUGAACGACGUCGACAAAUAUUCAUCCAAACACAUCGCCGAGUAUUUAUCGACUUGUGGAGAGAGGGUUGAAGACGAGGAUGACGGGGAAAUGGUGUCAGAAGAACCUGCCUUCCAGUUGGUCGGCACUGUGUCAUCUGCCUCCAGUGAGAAAAUAAACUUUUUGCAUGAGCAGUAUUCGUCACUAAACAGAGAAGAGCUUCUCCCGCGCCUGCUGGAUUGUGACAUAGUGGUGUACAAUAUCUCAGAAAAUGCAACGCCAGCUGACAUCGAAAAGGCAACUUGGGCAAUUACAGCACUUCAUGGUGAAAUGGAGAACUUCAAGUCAAAGAAAACGUUCAUUUUAGUGUCGACGGUAAUGACAUGGGCAAUGACGAAACCUCCGGAAUCGGAGGAGACUGAAACAUUGAUAACGGAAGAGGAGUUCAGAAAAAGACGCCCUCAUCCCAGCUUUAAAAACCACAACAACAUGGAGAAACAAGUGCUUAAACUUGGAACAGGGAAAAAGAAUAAACUAAAAGGUUAUGUUAUAGCUGCGGGCAUACAGUAUGGAAAGGGCGAGAAUCUUUUUCACUACUUUUUCAAGGUUUCUUGGCUAUCUGAGUGUUCAAAAGUUCCCAUAUUUGGACAGGGUACAAAUUACAUCCCCACUAUCCACGUGCUUGACCUGGCUAAAGUGAUACAAAGUUUGAUUGAAGUCAAACCCAAGUCCAAAUAUAUUCUUGCCAUUGAUGAUUCCAAGAACAAACUAGAGGACAUAGUAAAGGCCAUAAGUCAUGUGCUUGGGCCAGGAAAAUUAUGCCAAUUACCAGAGAAUGAAGCUGUUCCCCUGAAGGCCUUCAAGCAUGAAGAGCUGGAGUAUCUCAGUAUUGACCUUCGCCUGGAUGCUUUUGUUGUGAAAGACGCCUUUAAUUUCACCUGGUCUGCAGAAAAUGGCAUGAUUGAAAAUAUAGAAAGCCUCGUGGAAGAAUACAGACAAACAAGGAAACUACUUCCUAUCAGAAUCUGUCUCACUGGACCACCUGCAGUGGGUAAAAGCAAAGUCGCAGAGAAGCUAUGCGAACAUUACCGAAUACAUCACAUCAAUAUCCGAGAGGUCAUAAAUGAAAAGAUGGCUAAGCUGAAAGAUACCAUGGCCAGAAGUGACGUUGAAGUGAGCGAGCAGGAAAUGGCACAGAAUCAACUGGAAACAAUACAAGCAAGCAUGGAAAGAAAUGCAGAUCGACUGGAGGACGAUAUCCUUUUAGAGCUUUUGACAGAAAAGUUAAAUUCAAAGCCUUGUCGAAACCAAGGAUUCGUUUUUUAUGGCUUCCCAAAGACAUUUGAACAAGCGCGUCAGAUGUUCAGCGCUGAUGAUGCAGACAACCUGGACUGGCCCGAUGGGACACCCUCAUACAACAAGAUCACUCCAGAAUAUGUUUUUGCCCUGGAUGCAUCCGAUGAGUUCCUGACUAAGAAAGUACAAGAUCUACCUCAGAGUGAAGCCCAGAAAAGAGGUUUAACCCAGGAUGAGUUUGUCCCUCGACUGGUCAGAUUCCGUCAACUUAGCAGGGCUGCCGAAACGUCACUCGACUACUUUGAUGAACUGGAAAUAUAUCCAGCAUAUCUUGAGGUGAAAGAUGACGACCCCGAAUUAAAACAGAUCGUGAGCAACAUCAUCGAGGUGGUAGGCAGCCCUAAGAACUACGGCCUUAGUCCUGAGGAGCAGGAGGAGGAGGACAGGAGGCGAGAAUUGGAGCGGAAGAGGAAACUUGCUGAAAAAGCGGCAGAAGAGAGACGUAGGAAAGAGGCCUCGCUCGCUGAAAUGGCAGCACAGUAUGAAGCUUGGCAAAAUAAUUUGGCUGAGGUGAAGAGGCAGGAACACGAGCUUCUGGAAGCUAAAGCUCUCCCGCUGAGGAACUAUUUAAUGAAGUAUGUGAUGCCCGCACUCACUGAAGCCUUACAAGAAUGCUCAAAGAUCAAACCUAAUGACCCAGUCAGCUUUUUGGCAGAGUAUCUUCUUCGGAUGGAUAAGAUUAACUGA